AUGGGAAAACAUUUGGAUCAGCAGCAAAUGUACCCCCACUACACCUACUACUACCCCCACUAUCUCCAGACCAAGCAGUCCUAUGCACCUCCCCCUCAGCCCAUGGCUCCGCCCAGCCCUGGCAUGACAGGAGGAGGAGGAGGUGGGGGAGGAGGAGGAGGAGGGGGUCAUGGAGGAGGGCUAAUGGAGCAGCUUAGUAAGACCAACCUGUACAUCCGAGGCCUGCCGCCUGCCACCACCGACCAGGACCUCAUCAAACUCUGCCAGCCAUAUGGGAAGAUUGUGUCAACAAAGGCCAUCCUGGACAAGAACACCAACCAAUGCAAAGGCUAUGGCUUUGUGGACUUUGACAGCCCUGCAGCGGCCCAGAAAGCCGUGGCUUCGCUCAAAGCCAGUGGAGUCCAGGCACAGAUGGCAAAGCAACAGGAGCAGGACCCCACCAACCUCUACAUCUCCAACCUGCCGCUCUCCAUGGAUGAGCAGGAGCUGGAGAACAUGCUGAAGCCCUUCGGUCACGUCAUCUCCACGAGGAUACUGAGGGACGCCAACGGCCUGAGCAGAGGAGUCGGCUUUGCUCGGAUGGAGUCGACAGAGAAGUGCGAUGUGGUGAUACAAAAUUUCAACGGGAAAUUCUUGAAAACCCCUCCGGGCAUGACAGCCCCUGCAGAGCCUUUGCUGUGCAAGUUUGCUGACGGAGGCCAGAAGAAGAGGCAAACCCAGGUGAAGUAUCCCCAGAAUGGUCGACCGUGGACACGGGAAGGGGAGAGUGGUAUGGCGUUGACGUACGAUCCCACCGCGAUGCAGAAUGGGUUUUACUCGUCGCCGUACAGCAUCUCCGCCAAUCGGAUGAUUGCACAGACGUCAAUCACACCCUUCAUCACUGCGUCCCCCGUCUCAACGUAUCAGGUCCAGAGUACACAAUGGAUGCCACAUCAACAGUAUGUUAUGCAACCUACAGGCGCUGUGAUCUCCCCAGCAGCAGCGAUAGAGCCCAGUUUGUCUCUUCACCCCUCCAGCGUGAUGGCUCCUCUCACCCAGCAGAUGAACCACCUGUCUCUGGGCACCGCAGGCACCUACAUGCCUGCUGCAGCGGCUGCUUCUAUGCAAGGAACCUACAUUCCCCAGUACACUGCAGUGCCUGCCUCUGCCAUCACACUGGAAGGUGUGGUGACAGACCCAUCUUCACAGACAGCUGCCCCCUCCUCCCAGGACGCCAGCGGGCAGCAGCCUUUAUCAGUGGAGAACACAGGAGAUCAUUCGUCAGCCUAUUCUUACCAGCAGUCUAAGUGA